UUCUAAUCCACUGCGCUCCACAUAAAUUCGUGACCGAAUAGACUAAUUAAGUUUUCUAUCACGCCAUCUAGUGAGAUUACACGUUUUGAACUCUGCUGACCUUUGCUAUUGGCCAAUCAGAGUAAACGAAUUCAACAGAGAAUUCGAGGUACUAUUGGAAGUCGGUAAUCAAUUCAAUAUUACUCACUGACAACUAUUAAAAUAUAAAGAGGUCAUCCUUGGGACUAUAACUGGCUUUUUUUGUUUCAGGUUCAGGUUAAAUAAACAAAAAUAAUUUUGAUUGGUUCACGCAAACUUGCAUGAGGCCAAUCAGACAGCGCAUUUCUAACCCCGUCAAACUUAGUCUUGUUCUUCUUCACGCUAACCCUGAGUCAUAAUUUGAACAAAUCUGAAUCUACACAACUAGAGGAUGUUUCAUUAUAACUAUCACCAAUCAUGACUCUUCUUGACAAGAUGUUUUUAAAGAUUUUUCCUAUGUAUUCCUAUGUUAAACUUUGAUACCCCUGUGACCCCAUCCUACUCCCAAGGGACAUGACUUGAACAAACUUGAAACUAAACUAAACGGAGGAUGCUUCCACAUGAGUUUCAUCUUUCCUGUUCCGGUGGGUCUUUAGAAAAAGAUUUUUAAAUGAUGCCAUUAAUUUUUCACUAAUUAAUAAUUAUUUCCCUUAGGAAGAAACCAUGGUCAUUCAUUUGAACAAACUUGAAUCCCCCUUACCCAAGAAUACUCGCUGAAUGAUUCUUAAGAAGAAAGAUGAAAAAUGUGAAAAGUUUACGACGACAACGACGACAGACAACGGACUAAUUUUGAUCAGAAAAGCUCAUUUGAGCCUUCGGCUCAGGUGAGCUAAUAAAAUAAAAAUAUAUAAAAUAAUAUAAAUGAACUUUUUUUAUUCCAGGAGGUUAUAUGUAUAAAAGUAUUUAAAAAAUGCCCCAAGUUCACUGAAAAAACGUGCAUAAAACGCUCUAUUUAAGAACUAUUUCUCCAUUGGGAUUUUAAAACGGAGUGGCAUUAUUUUUCUUCUUGACACAGAACUGCUGCAAUAUGUCAUUACUUCAAGAACCGACAUCACAUUCUCUCUCAGAUAUGAUAGAAGUUGUUUACUUAAACAACGAGGCAUCUGCAAAAAGAGCAGUAACAAGUUUCUUAAAAAUGUAUGGAUUUUUCCCUUUACAUCCAGAUUUAGAAAAUAGAAUGAUGCAUUCCACUCAUGCAUGCGACCCAAACAUAAUUGUAAUUUGCAGUGACACGUCUUUACAGGACAAUAUCAAUGAGAUGCUUGCCAAAAUACAAGGUCACCAGCUUAGAAUGAUGGUGAUUGUUUGUCCACAAGAAAAUUCUGCUACAUAUCCAGAAUUCAAUAUGAACAGCAAAAUCAAAUUUUGGACACAUUUGACUUGCAAUCCAAAUACUUUUGAGAGUGUUCCUUGUACCGAAAACGAGUUGGCAAAAAUUGUUUUUGAUUGCUUUUUGGAAAUGUUGAGGAUCAAAGUGGAAUAUGGAUCUAGUUUUAAAGGUCAGAAAUUUAGAUAAGGAUAUCUUUCU